AUGACCGCCCCUACUCAGCCCGACGACUCCAGGUCUCGACCACCAAUCCAACAUGGCCCAGAGGUCCUUGACAGACACGAGUAUGAAGGGAAUCCGGAUGCCAGAUAUGUGGCGGCCAGAGAUCCGGCUCGCGUCAGUAUAGAUGAGAAACGGGAAAGCCCCUUGGCUGGGGACGCCUUGCCACGAUCACCAAAUCCUCUCAAGCGCCUGAGUGCCCGCCUCAGCAGUAAUCUGGUCAGUCUAUGCGGCGGUGGUAGUUCGGAAAGGACUGGCACCGCUAGACCCAAGUUGAGUGCCGUCAAGCACGCCUCGUCACUCAAGCAAUCACCCGAGCACGGGUCCAAGAAAAAGAACAGGGAGGUGAGCAUUUCCCAAAGCUCGCCAGACAUUAUAGGCAACCCGGUGGUAGCCUAUAAGGAAGGCCUUACUCGAUAUCUGUCCCAGCAUGAACAGGGCUGGAAGGGCUCGCCUGAGGCCCACGUCACGACAGCACGUGCGCCUGGCGUCUCACCCGUUAUCGAGUCGUCGCAUAUAACUGCGACGCCUGCGGAUGACUUACUGACAACAUCGACCCAGUCAAACACAACUGUCAGAGGCGGCAUAACGCCUGGUCUCGUGGCUCGAACGCCAUCGUACCCGUUUCCCAGGAUGAACCCGCCCGGGCUCAAACUUGGCCAUGGACCCAUGAUGGCCAGCCCACAAUCGCAAACUCCCCUCCUCCAUUCCACUGGAGGUCAGUUUGCCAGCCACUUCUUGCUGCAGGAGCAGCUGCGAUCGGAUCCUUCCACCCCUGCUUCUGCCAUGACCUUCCAGCCCACUGGUCAUCCUGAGCCACAGCCAAAUUUCGACUACCCGUCCCCAAACCUGUAUGACCUAUCGUUACUGCUCGCGGCCGAGCCUGGUCUCGAUGCUUGGUGGAAUACUGUGGUCCAGAUCAUGACGGAACACUUCAAAGCGGAGCGUGUGACAUUGUCAAUACCUGCAGACAACACCGAUCUAGAGAAUGUGCCAUGGGGCCAAAAAGCCACAUUCAACGCGAGUGAGGAAGAUGAGCUCAGCAUGGGCUACAUGGGUCGAUCUAGCUUCGCACCACAGAGCACCGAGGAGGAGCCAGCUUCGACCCCGGAUCUUCCGCUGAAGAAUGAUCGCCCAGUGCGGCCGGGCAUGUUCAGUCGACAUUCUUUUACGUCGUAUGAGAAGCAGAAAGGUGCCCAGGAUACGCAUACAAACUCAGCAGCAUCGCCUGCCCCCCAACGCCCGGGGUCCAUACUUCGUAGCAAGAGCUUCUACCCCACGACGAAUGCCCCACGUCCAGCUUCGCCUCAUCCAGCCCUCAACAAGCGCGCUCUGGAGAAACAUGACGCCGAAGAAGAGAAUCAACCUAUGCCUUCAUGGGAAGCUCCAUUGUUCAUGGGCCGAGACAUGAGAGGCCGUGUACUUCCUAUGCUCCAGGCCCUUGAUCUGGAGGCAGAUCCUUUGAUAGAUCAUAACGGCAUUGCAAGAGUGAUUGAGCGAGGUAAAGUGAUUGCGCUAACGCGAAGCUACCCGUACUUGAACCCCUUCGAGGAUGAAAAGAAGAAGGGCCCACGCACCAGCUGGUCGAACGGCUCGUCGGAGUCGAAGAAGGGCUUGAGGAAGCAAACAACGUCAGAUUCAAGCACUCAGCUUUCAUCACUCCUCGACAGCGUCACAGCCUCGCAGACCACGGCCAAAGGCAGAAAGCUACCCCAGGAAAGAAGCAAAAUUGCAGACAUUCUCGCUUCCAUCGACAGUGGUGCCCCGCGUCCCCCAACGCCGAAGUACGAAGAAUUUGAACAAACACCACCAUCCCCGUGGUCACAAUCUCCUGCACCAUCGCCUGCCGUGCGAUCCGAUCCUUCAGAAAACCCUGUCUUCACAGAUGCUGUCAUUGAUGAGGAUUCAUUCAAUCCUGGCGCGAGUCCACACGAUUAUACGGCGAUCCAAACUCCCGAGGCGAUUGGCGUAGACAAUUCUUGGACUGUGUUACAUGUCCCAUUGCACCAUAUCCUACUCUCCAAGCCUACGAAAGCAUUCAAACUCAACUCUGCCGCCCUGGGUCAAAGAAACGCAUCGCGACCUGGUGGCGCCAAAGCGCAAUCCCCGACCCAUUACACUAUGCUUGAAACCGAAGUGCUUGGGUUGGAUCGGAAACGACCUACGACAUCCGGCUUUGGCGGUGUGGAUCUGGACGGCAGGCCAUUACAGAAUCCUGCCUCGCUACGCAAUUUCAGCUAUGACGCAAUGUCCUCCCAGUACCACUCGCAGCUAUCGGCCACAGGCAGUAUCACUAGCCCCAGUGAUUACUCGGCUAGGUCCAGGAGUAUUGCGGGCUCACCUGCCGCUAUCACGCCAAACUGGGAGUCAAAAUCUUCCGGCUUUGCAGCAGAACGUCGGACUGCUGGAGUCAGCCCCGGGAUGGUGCCCGGCGACAGCUACUUUAAUACUCGCCCGCGUCAUGCCGGCCCUAGCGAUGACACCGCGCAAGAAGAUAUUGCGUCUCGUGGCAGCCGUCUGGCGAAGGAGACCUCCACCAUUGAACAUACCCAUCGGAGGUCUGGAAGCCUAAGACAGAUCCCUCAUACCCCGGCAGUUAAUGAGCCUGGCCUCGUAGUCGCUAAUAGAGGUGAUGGAGAUGAAAAGUCUUCUACCCGGCCGUCAUCGAAAAGUUCCGCAGAACCCAAUAGCACGCACAGCGAAUCGGACCAUGCUCCGGAUUCUGACGACAAGCUCUUGCGACCUUCUAGUCACACUACUGUCGGCACACCGGGACAGAAACACACGUUGAUGCACUCGUACGGGGCAGACUUUGCUGCCACCUUCCAGUCUCUGCCCCCUAGUGCUUCUCUGCUAUCUAAGCCGACUACGUCCCACCCGCGCAUUCAAACAGGGCCCACGGCGCAGUUCAGUAUGCUGCCGCCCUCAGAUCGGCUCAAAAGCAUCAUGCUGGAUAGCCUGCCAGUCCAUGUCUUUGUAGCACUCCCAGUAGCAGGAGAAAUAGUUUGGGUCAACAGCAGGUAUCUUUUCUACCGAGGCCAGACAAUCGGUGAUCUUGUGGCCGACCCAUGGGCAAGUCUUCACCCUGAAGACAGGGAUGACUACAUACUGGCCUGGAGCGACUCACUCCGGUCAGGUAGCUCGUUUGAGCGGACAAUUCGACUCCGACGUUUCACUGGCGAUUACCGAUGGCACCAGGCAAGGGCGGUUCCUUUGAGAGACAAGCGCGGCGUACUGGUCCAGUUCAUCGGUUCCUACAUGGACAUUCACGACCAGCAUGUUGCAGAGCUCAAAAGUGUGCGUCAAGUUGAAGUCGAGGCCUCGGAAGCGAAGCAUCGUUUGCUAGCCAACCUUAUCCCUCAGAUCAUUUUCACCGCGACUGAACAGGAAGGCAUCACCUUUGCAAAUAACCAGUGGCUCUCAUAUACUGGACAGACCUCAGAGGCCACCCUUGGACUUGGUUUCAUGGACUUCGUGCAUCCAGACGACCUCGCCAAGUGCCGCCUACCAAGCAUUCGCAAUCAGAUGUCGUUCUUCCAAACAGAUGUAUCAAGCCCAGGCUCGAGCCAGACCGCGGGAAAGAGCUCACAAUCGGCAGAUGAAGAUCCCUCAAAUCUUUCGCGCAGCAGCACCAGCGACAAUACCCUCACACCUGAAUUUCAGUCUGGCGAUCUUGCCGAUCUUGUCAGAAAGGGAAUCAUCAAAGUAGCGACGGAUAGUGAUGGUCGCGUGUCAUACACAACGGAAGUCCGCCUACGCUCCAAGCCCGGCGACUACAGGUGGCACCUAGUGCGAUGCGUGGAGAUUGACAAUAUUGACUUUGGGAACGGCGCCAGCUCAUACUUUGGAUCAGCAACUGAUAUCAACGACCACAAACUACUCGAAGCCAAGCUUAAGGAGGCCAUGGAGUCUAAAGCGCGUUUCCUCAGCAACAUGUCUCACGAGAUUCGCACGCCACUGAUUGGUAUUUCCGGCAUGGUGAGCUUUCUCCAGGAGACUACGCUGAAUGAAGAGCAGCGGGACUACACAAACACCAUACAAACGAGCGCCAAGAGUCUUCUCAUGAUCAUCAACGACAUUCUAGACCUCUCCAAGGUCGACGCAGGCAUGAUGAAGCUCAAGUUUGAGUGGUUUCACACUCGCUCUCUCAUUGAGGACGUCAACGAGUUGGUGUCCGCCAUGGCGAUUGCGAAACGGCUUGAGCUCAAUUACAUUGUGGAAGAGAAUGUCCCAUCAUGGGUGAAGGGAGACAAGGUCCGCAUUCGGCAGGUCCUCCUCAAUGUCAUCGGAAACGCGAUCAAAUUCACGUCGGAGGGAGAAGUUUUCAGUCGAUGUAGGGUGUGCGUCGAUGACUCUGCGACCUCGGACGAAGAUAGCAUCAUGCUUGAAUUCUCGAUAAUUGACACAGGACGAGGCUUUACCAAAGAGGAGGCCGACCUCAUUUUCAAGCCCUUCAGUCAGAUUGAUGGGAGCAGCACGCGCCAGCACGGCGGGAGUGGUUUAGGUCUGGUUAUCUCUCGACAACUUGUUGAGCUGCACGGUGGCCAGAUGAAUGGCACAGCUGUUCCGGGGCAAGGCUCGACUUUUACCUUCACCGCUCGGUUCGGCCUGCCAAGUGCAGAAGACCAUCCUAACACAAUUGGGACUCCUCCAAUGCUACCAACCGUCGCAACACCGGCUGCUGAUAAGCAUGCUCAAGCACUAAGACCCUUUUUACUCCAGCAGACACUGAAUGGUUUCAACACUGCCAGUCCUGGAUCCGACGUUGGAACGAUCUCGCCAGCUCUCAACUCGUCGGCAAGUUCCGACCCUUCAGUGCGGUCAUCCGCACGCACGGCACGCUCCAGUGUGUCAUCGGUCCAUGUAGGACUAGCACACUUUAGCGAAGCUGCAAAGGCGAGUGGGCAGGAUUUGUCUCAGAUGCGCUUGCAGUUGCCCUUUGAGAAGCCGCGGAUUCCAGGUACGCCGAUACAAGACGACUCGGAGAUACCACCACACUUCAGGCCACCUAUGUAUUCGAUUCUCGUGAUUUGCGCUCAGAAGCAUUCACGCGAAGCCACAACCAAGCAUAUAGAGAUGACGCUGCCGAAGGACGUGCCGCACCAGAUCACGGCUGUGGAAACAAGCGCGGAUGCGGAGAAGCUGAUUGGCGGGCACGAAUCAGUGACCUUCACUCAUGUCGUCCUCAAUCUCAGUUCCGCUGAAGAAGUCAUUGGCGUUGUCGACCGGAUUAUUGAAAGCUCAGGUGGUCGCACCUCCGUUCUCGUCCUCUCAGACUCUGUUCAAAGACAGUCAGUUCUCAAGCUGGCGUCUGAUCCAGCACACCAGCAACUCCUGGACGAGAAGCGUAUCACGUUUGUCUACAAGCCUGUCAAGCCAUCACGUUUCGCGGUCAUCUUUGAUCCUGGGAAUGAACGCGAUCUAAGCGUGGACCUCAACAGGUCAAGCGCAGCACAGAUGGUGGAGAGCCAGAAGCAAAAUUACAAUGAUGUCGAAAAGAGGAUCGGCAACAAGGGCUAUAGAGUAAUGCUCGUCGAGGACAAUCCCGUCAAUCAGAAGGUCCUGGUGCGCUACCUCAAGAAAGUUGGAAUUGACGCCGAAAUUGCUGCGGAUGGUGUCGAGUGCACGGAGAAGGUGUUUUCGCAUGGCUCGGGAUACUACUCUUUAAUCUUGUGUGAUUUACACAUGCCUCGGAAGGACGGUUACCAAGCAUGCCGCGAAAUCCGAGCUUGGGAAGCAAAGGAGGGCCACUCGAAGCUUCCGAUCAUUGCACUCUCCGCAAACGUCAUGUCCGAUGUGCAAGAGAAAUGUAUCGCAGCCGGGUUCAGUGACUACGUCACGAAGCCGGUCGACUUCGUCGACUUGAGCACUGCCAUGUCGAAGUUUAUAUGA